GUGAUGUGAAUGUUUCUCACGGUUAAUCUGUGUUGUUGUGUAACUCAUGUCUUCGUCGUCCAUCACACUCAGGGACGCGACCACAUUCCAGAUCCAUAAGUUCUUUCUGUUCUCUUCUGUCUGGAUUGUUCGACGGCUCCUCGUCGACUGGUUCACUUUCCCAAGUCACCGCUUUUAACUCAAUUUGGUUUUAGAUUGAAAACACAAACCAAACAUCGCACAUCAUGGCCUACAUCACGGAUUGAUCCCAAACUUGAAGCAGUGGUGGAGCUACAGGGCGUUAAAGCACCAUGGGUCUGAAUGUGUGCGUUAAUGGAGUCACCGGGUUCAUCUGGCAGGAUCAGACCUUCACAUCUGGACCGAUUCGUCUCGGUUUGGACAUAAAGAUAUAAAACGGGGUCGACUCUCUUGUCCAAACAGCUUUUGGAACGUUGCCUUUAGCGUCAACUCGUGGAAACAUUCUGUAGUUUGCCGGAGAAUGUUUGUAAUUUGGGUGGAAAAUUCAAUCAACCGUGUGUUUGAAACGGGCGAUUCACUUUAUCAGCAUGAAUCCAUCGGCCCGGUCGACCCUGCAGACGUGUGCAGCUCGUUCUGCCACAUUGUGCAACGCCUGGUAACGGUUUUAUCACCUCAUUGGGACGAGAGCAAAGUAAACUCUGCUCCAUGUUGACACAAAGUUGAAAACCUCUUUAUUCCAGGAACUUUCACCACAGGACGUUUUCUCUCUGUCCGGGAACACAGGGGCUGGUCGGUGUGACUCUGUGUCUCUGCUGCCCCCUAGCGGCCAGAGAAGCCUCGUGCUCCACUGCCAACGAGGAGAUGGGAUUUUCCACCAGUUUGUUUGUCAGCAGGUUUUUAAAGUUGUCACAUUUGUACUUUGCACAAGGUCAAAUUUCAAUUCUCUGACUUCUUGUUUAUUAUAUUUGUUACAAAAUUACAGAAAGUAAAUAUAGAUGGUGAGGAAAAGUCAGAUGAGUCAGUAGAGAUGAUAUUUGGACUCGUGAUGAGAUGUGAAACAACAACAUCUUCAUCCUGUUGGUUAAUAUUCACGAUCAUUUCACUUCUCAGUCUACAUGGCUUAAACCUACAAAGGAUUUGGAUUUGAUAUAAUCUGACAGGACAGGUCGCACACUUGUUCUAGGUCACACUCACACACACACACACACACACACACACACACACACACACACACACACACAGACACACACAGACGAGCUGCGAACCUUCAUCUGUGUAGCGUGCAUGGACGAGCCUGUGUCUGCUCCUGAACUUGAGGAGGUUAUUCAGGGCGUCUUCCUCAGACCUUCCUCCUCCUGGUUCCUCUGAGCUCUGGAGGCCGUGGAGCUGGAGAUGCGACACCAGCACCGAGCGGUCAUCUCAACACCUCACACAUGGCGGACAGAUCUACACCAGGCAAAUCUACUGCUCCUCUCUUCUCCUCUCCUCCACUCCAUCCCUCCCUCCAUGGCCUCCUGAGCUUCCUCCUGGUUCUCCUGUGUUUGCUCCCCCACCCGGUUCAGGCGGCCUGGUUCAAGGUCGGGGUGGUGGGGCCGUGGGGAUGUGACCCUCUGUUCGCCAAGGCCCUUCCCAACGUGGCAGCUCAGCUCGCCGUCAACCGCAUCAACAGGGACCCGUCCCUGACCCACGCUGCCACGUUUGAUUUCACCGUGCUGCAGGAGCCGUGUGAGACGUCCAGAGCUCUGGAGGCGUUCCUGGGUUUCCACGCCAAGGCCUCGGGGUACAUCGGGCCAGUCAACCCCGGCUACUGUGACGCUGCAUCCAUGCUGAGCCAAGGCUGGAACAAAGCUUUGUUCCCUUGGGGUUGUGUUGGCUACGAGGUGGACGACGUCCGGAGCCACCCGACCUUCGCUCGCUCCAUGGCGAGGCCCACGUGGGUGCUGCUCAGCAUCAUGCGUUACUUCAGUUGGGCGCACAUCGCCAUCAUCUCCUCCACGGACGGCAUCUGGAAGGAGACGGCAACCAAGGUCGCUGAUUCGCUGAGAAGCCACGGCCUGCCGGUCAGACUGGUCAGUUUCAUGGAGAACACUCCUCAUGGCAUCAGGCGAACUCUGGCCAAGGUUCGAAAGAUGAGUGAAAUACGAGUCGUGGUCCUGUGCAUGCACUCGGCGCUGAUCGGCGGCACCGUCCAGAAGCUCCUGCUGGAGACGGCCUACGACAUGAAGAUGAUCGACGGCUCCCUGGUCUUUGUGCCGUACGACACGUUGCUCUACAGCCUCCCCUACCGGAACGUCACCUACCCGGCUCUGCAGAGCAACCGCAAGCUGCUGCGGGCCUACGACGCCGUGCUGACCGUCACCAUCGAGUCGCCCCGGACCUCCUUCUACGAGGCCUACAGAGAGGCCAUGGAGACGGGGGAGGUGGCGAGGACGCUGGAGCCACAGCAGGUGUCUCCUCUCUUCGGGACCAUCUACAGCUCCGUCCUCUUCAUGGCUCACGCGGUGCAUCGGGUUCGGCAGUCGGGGGAGUGGAUGUCUGGCGGCAACCUGGCGAGACACACCCACAAUCUGGCCUUUCAGGGGUUCAGUCACCAGAUUAAAACCAACGACUCUGGAGCAGCUCUGCUGGAUUAUCUCAUCCUGGACACAGACGGCCUCUCCUGGGAGCUGAAGCCAGUGUACAGGAUCGACAUGGAGGGCGGGAUGGUGCGGUUCCUGGGUCGAGACAUCCACUUCCCCCGAGGCCACGGACCCAGGAGAGACUCCUCCUGCUGGUUCACCCCUGGAGUCAUCUGCUCGGGGGGUGUGGAUCUGCUCACGACCGUCAGGAUGUUCCUCGGAGCGUUCGUCUUCUUUGUCGUCUCUGUGGCGUUGAUUUACUGCGUCAGGCGGCGCAUCAAUCAGAUUCUUCUGGUCAAGGGUCCAAACAAGAUCUUACUGACGCUGGCAGAUGUCACAUUCAUCAACCCUUCGCUCAGCAACAAGAAGCUGAGUCGGGACGACAGCAGAGCCAGUGGCAUGAGGAGCGUGUCGGACCGAAGUGUUGUCUCACCGGUGUCCAGCGUGACGCCGGCCACAUAUGAGAACUCCAACGUGGUUAUCUACGAGGGUGACUGGGCCUGGCUGAAGAGACUCCCUGAUGGGACGUUCAGCAGAAUCAACACCAAAACCAGUGAUGUGUUUGAACUGAUGAAGGACAUGCGUCACGAGAACGUUAACCCCUUCCUGGGCUUCUUUCACGACUGUGGCGUGUUCGCCAUCGUGACGGAGUUCUGCUCCAGAGGAAGCCUGGAGGACCUGCUGCUGAACGACGACGUGAAGCUGGACUGGAUGUUCAAGUCCUCUCUGCUGCUGGAUCUCAUCAAGGGUAUGAAGUACCUCCACCACCGCGGAGUGUCCCACGCUCGUCUGAAGUCUGGUAACUGUGUGGUGGACGGACGCUUUGUCCUGAAGAUCACAGACUUCGGUUACAACGAGGUUCUGGAGUCUCAGAGGUUCCCUUACAUGGACCCCCCCGCAGAGGAGCUGCUGUGGACGGCUCCAGAGAUCCUGAGGAGCGGGCAGCCGGGGCUUCACGGGACUCUGACCGGUGACGUGUUCAGCUUUGCCAUCAUCAUGCAGGAGGUGGUGAUCAGAGGACCUCCCUUCUGCAUGCUGGACCUCUCCGCUGCAGACAUCAUCGAGAAGCUCUGUAAGCCUCCUCCUCUGUGCCGCCCGGUGGUCAGUCCGGACUACGCUCCGUUAGAAUGCAUCCAGCUGAUGAAGCGGUGCUGGAACGAGCAGCCGGAGAAGAGGCCCAGCUUCGAGGAGAUCUUUGACCAGUUUAAAGAUAUCAACAAGGGGAAGAAGACCAACAUCAUUGACUCCAUGCUGCGGAUGCUGGAGCAGUAUUCUUCGAACCUGGAGGAGCUGAUCCGAGAGCGAACGGAGGAGCUGGAGAUCGAGAAGCAGAAGACGGAGAAGCUGCUGACCCAGAUGCUUCCUCCAUCUGUGGCAGAAGUUUUGAAGGUGGGCGGCACAGUGGAACCAGAGCACUUUGACCAGGUGACGCUUUACUUCAGUGACAUCGUGGGGUUCACCACCAUCUCAGCCAACAGCGAGCCCAUCGAGGUGGUGGACCUGCUCAACGACCUCUACACCAUCUUCGACGCCAUCAUAGGAAACCACGACGUCUACAAGGUGGAGACGAUAGGUGAUGCCUACAUGGUGGCGUCCGGACUUCCUGUCCACAACGACAACCGUCACGCUGCCGAAAUAGCGAACAUGGCUCUGGACAUCCUGAGCGCGGUGGGAACCUUCAAGAUGAGACACAUGCCGGAUGUUCCCGUCAGGAUCCGAAUCGGACUGCACACAGGUGAGGGUUGGACGUUGGGUAACUUACAUUCAAUCCUUGGAUCCAAACCCUUUCACAAAGCUUGUCUGUGUUGUAGGUCCGUGUGUAGCCGGGGUGGUGGGUCUGACCAUGCCUCGCUACUGUCUGUUCGGAGACACAGUGACCACUGCCUCUCGUAUGGAGUCCAGCGGGUUGCCCUGCAGGAUCCAUGUCCACGAGAGCACCGUGAAGGUCCUGAAGGAUCUAAAGCUCGGCUACAAGUGGGAAUUAAGAGGCAGGACAGAAUUCAAGGGGAAAGGUGCGGAGGAGACCUUCUGGCUCUUAGGGAGAGAUGGGUUCACCAAACCUCUGCCUGUUCCUCCAGAAGUCAAAACUGGGCAAAUGGCUCACGGGCUGCAGAUGGCCGAGAUCGCCCAGUACAAGAAAGGGAAAGCCGAGAAACUGCAACAGGAGCAACUUGCAAAGGAGAAAAAAUGAGAGUCACAGAAAAGGAGUCCAGGGACGGGAAGCAGGUGUUUCACGAGGCUGUGAAGAAGAUCUCUCACGUCUGUGUCGUGACGAAGGUCAACGCAGCCGAAGACGAAGACAGCGUCAUGAUGUCUCACGACUGACGGACCUGUGGGUCACAUGUUCACCUGGACGGGACCGAACACGUAACUCUACAUCAGGACUUUAAAAGAGAGAACUCCUACAGAGAUCAUCCUCUGAGAAGAGUUAGCAGCAGCAGGAGUGUGUGUGUCUGUGUGUGUUUGUGUGUGUGUGGGUGUGUUGAAGUGAUGAGAUGAAGUCCUGUCUGGAGCUAUGUAUAGAGGCGGUGACUCAGCAAAGCAGGGAUCUGCAGAAACUGCCCGUCAGCAGCAGAGGAACGACGCUAAUCUUCAGUUCAUUUCCUCCUCCUCCACUUCCCUGUGUCUCCGUCUGAAGGGGGGAGGAAACGAGGAAAUGAGAGAGGAGGGAAGCACACUGAGGAGAGAAGGAGAGGUGAGAGGAAGGAUGGUAGAGGAGGAUAAAUGACCAUCUCAUGCUUUCAACACCUUGUCUUUGCUCUUCAUCCUCCAUCCAUGAAUUUGGCUGACUGGAUCUGAUAAUCUAUAUUAAACACAUACUCCAUACCGGUUUACUAUAACUAAUAAUAUAAUUUGCCUUUUAUUCUUUCUUCAGAAUAAUUUUCCAUUUUUUCUUCAUUUUUCCAUAAAGUUUUUUUGAAGAGGAUUUAGGAAAAGUUUCUCCUCCAACUUUUUAAUGUGAAUUAAAACGACUCAUCAACGCCCUCUAGUGGUCAAAUACAAACUAAUCUCAGAUUUAUUCAAACUACAGAUGGCAGCCUGGAAACUCCACGGGAUUAUCCCCGUUGAUCCUGUGUGUAUGUGUGUGUGUGUGUGUGUGUGUGUGUGUGUGUGUGUGUGUGUGUGUGUGUAGAUUGAAAAUCCUUAAACUGACAGGGAGCUUACCACACUCUCUCACUGUGUAGAUAAAGGACUCAUACUCUCAUCUCCAACGCAGCUUUACAUGUUUCGUUGGAGAUGACUUUACAAUUAUGUGUAAUUAAUAUAAAAUUAUCUUUUCAUCUUAAACUGUUACAUUCAAAUCAUUUUCAAGAGCGGAAAUGAAGAUACCUUUUGGAUUCUGUCUUAUUCACGACCCUCAGGUUGCACUACGGCUAUAAGUCUAUACACAGAUGUUUCAUUAAGCCCUUUACAAUAAUGGAAGGGUUGUUGGUUUUAAUUGACAAUUAAUAUGAAUUAACUAACUAAUCAACAAAUGAAUAUGAAUUAGUUUGCAGGCUUGUUUUAAUCUGCACCUCCUGAAAGGUCGAUGGUAAAAAAACAAUAACAUACAAAUAAAGAAAAUCUAAAGUCAGGGAUGUGCACUGAGUAACACAAUCAGUGUGAAGUUCAAAGUUCUAUUUGUUUAAAUGUAAGUGAUCAUAAAAAAAACAUGUUGCAAUG